GAUGAGCGGUUCAUAAUGACCCAACCAGAGGGUGUUGUCUAAACUAUAAAAACCGUGAAAUCAGAAUGCUGUGAUUGUCAAACACAAACAGGACACAAAUAUGUAUGGCAUUUGCACCACUGAAGAAUGGGACAAGAACAAGAAAACGGCUGAAACGGAGAGUCUAGCUGACUGGAUGGCUAACCUAAAUGAGAAAUUGACAAAAAUUCCAUUGAGCCAACUUGCUAUUCCUGGGAGCCACGAUGCUAUGGCAUACAGCUUGGAUAUGGGCUCUUCAGUACUGGAACCUAAAAAAAUAAAGGCCUUGGACAAGAUGUUCAGCACUUUCUUAAGGCCCAUUGUCAAAAAAUGGGGUACUGCGCAGGAAAAAAACAUCUCUGAGCAGCUUGAUGCCGGUAUUCGAUACUUUGAUCUGAGGGUUGCUGGAAAGCCUGACUCUAGUGAUUUAUUCUUCUAUCAUGGACUAUACACAACAAUGACUGUGAAGGAGGGAAUGACAGAACUGGAGAAAUGGUUAGGACAGCAUACUAAGGAGGUUGUCAUCCUUGCUUUCUCACAUUUCAAAGAAAUGUCAGCCGAUCAACACACCGGCCUGACCAACUUCCUCAAAGAGCACUUUAAAACAAAACUCUGUCCUAAGCCUCAAGUGCCCUCACUCAAGGACUGCUGGGAAAGUGGCUACCAGGUCGUCCUCUCUUAUGAGAACAGAAGUGUCGACGACCCUGUUUUGUGGCCUGGAAUCGCAUACUGGCGGGCUGAUAAUUCAGACCCCAAGGAGGUCAUUUCAUAUCUUAACAGCCAGAAACAAAAGGGAAGACCAGAGGGAUUGUUUGUUGCUGGUCUCAACCUGACUUUUGAUGGGAAUGACAUGCUCCUGUACCUCACAAAGUCUUUAAAGGAGAAAACCAUGACUGCCUACCCUCUAUUGCUUGACUGGGUGAAGGAGCAACAUUCAGGCUCUGACAAAGAAAGUGUCAACAUCAUCGCUGGAGAUUUUGUGGGAGUGAAUAGCUUUGCUCAGGAUAUCAUUCAGCUCAACAAAGCUGAAAGUGGUCCAUGAGAGGGUAUUUUGAGUAAAUAUGUCCUUCGAACCGGAAAAGAAGUUUUCAGAAUAUUUCUGUCAUUUUGUUUAAUUUGUUUAAUUGAUGACAGUGGUAGCCUACAUAGUUUAUAACGAAUAUAGUGUUGGUUAUGGCAAAAAAAAAAAAAAA